AUGACGACGAUGGUAGUCCAGAAUACAUCUGAAUGGACAUUAGAUUAUCCACCAUUUUUCUCUCAUUUUGAAUAUGGUCUAUCAAAGUUGGCACCCUAUUUUGAUUCAAAAAUGCUUGAAUUAAAUAAUACAAAUUAUGCAAGUAACAAAACUAUUUUAUUUCAACGUUCAACAGUUAUUGUUAGUGAAUUAACAUUAGCAAUUGCCAUAUAUUGUUUAUUGUCAUCAUUGCAAAUUGGACGUAAAAAUCAUGAUAUAGCUCAACCAAUUAUACAAUUAUGUUCGUCGUUGUUAAAAUUUGUAUCAAAUAUUACUGUACUUGCUUUUGCCACAAUUAUUCCAUUCGUUCUUUCUUUUGGACCAUUUAUUAUGAUGAAUCAAUUACCUCAAGUACUCUCUCGUUUAUUCCCAUUCAAACGUGGUCUAUCUCAUGCAUACUGGGCACCCAAUAUAUGGGCCAUUUAUAAUGUACUUGAUAAAUGUCUCUCAUUCAUUGGACGUCGAUUUGAUCUAUUUCAUGUACGUCCUUCGACUAUUUCAACAACAUCUGGACUUGUACAAGAUAUUGAACACGUUGUUCUACCAUCUAUAACGCCAAUGAUUACAUUUGGAUUGACACUUGCAUGUAUGAUGCCAAGUUUAAUUCGUUUAUGUCGUCAUUGUUCAAAACGUACAUUUAUUGAAACAAUUGUACUUUGUGCACUAACAUCAUUUCUAUUUGGAUGGCACGUUCACGAAAAAGCUAUUUUAAUUGUUAUCAUACCAUUAACUUUAUUGGCUUUUGAUAGUCGUGAACAUGCACGUUAUUUUGUUUUGUUAUCAAUAUUUGGCGGUUAUUCAUUGUUUCCUUUGAUUUUUACAGCACCAGAAGUGCCAAUUAAAAUUUCAUUAUUUGUUACCUAUACAUGUUUAUUACUCUAUACACUUGGUGAAAUUCAUGGAGAUUCGGGUGGAUUUCUUCGUUUACCAUUGUUGAAUUAUUUGGAAACAUUUUUUGUCAUAUUAUUGAUACCUCAUUGUCUUUAUGUUGAAUUUAUUCAUACCUUUUUGCAUCUUCAUCUUCUGUUACCAUUUUUACCACUUUUACUAACAUCACUUUAUUGUUCAAUACCAAUUUUCUAUUGUUGGAUACGUUUGCAUUUUAUAGAAUCCAUAGAUGAUGAUGGAGUAUCAUCAUUGCAACAGACAAAUAAAUUUUAUUAUUUAUUAAUAUUAAAUUUAGAACCUUAUUCUCAUCCUUAUCUACGUCGUGCAAGUGAAAUGGUUCGAAAAACAUUGUGUGGCGUUAUUGAAAGUUCAGCAGAUUAUGAAUUAGCUGCUGAAGAUAUUGCUGUUGUUACUCUUUGCGAUAUAACAUUAUAUGAAGUACAACGUGUUGAUUUUCCACAUAUUCCUCAACGAUAUAUUAUAUGUAAAACAAAAAUUGACGAUUGUGAAUAUUUUCCUAUACCAUUUACGUUGUAUUAUAACGCUGAAGAAAUCGAUCAUAAUCUUUGUUAUGGUAUUCGUGUUGAUAUAUUAAACGGUGAAAAUCAAAUUAAAUUUAGUUCAGAAAAAUUUAUUCCCGUAUUAACCGAUAAACAUCCGUUAACAAAUGUUAGAAUUAUGGUUACACCAACAUCAAAUCAUAAUAUACCAAAAUCUUAUCAUCAAACAUAA